CACACACACAAACACACACACAUACUGCAAACUCUCCACAGGAAACUCUGAGCCAUAAUGCGAAGGCACCUCAGAGCAGACGGGUGCAUUGCUCAAACCAAGUGGGAUACGGUGCGGCUUUGAUAGUGCGUUAAUUACUCAUGUGAUGUGAUACAGAUGUCUGGGGGCUUCAGCCGAAAGUUUGCCUGACGGUUUCCAAGGGGGCCAGGCAGACAUUUUAGAAGCGUGAUAUAUUGGGACAGUCUUUCAAUCAGUGGAAUCAAAGCGCCGAAUGUGUUCCAUAAUGGGCACCCCAGCUGUGCAUAUGCUGGUGCUAAUGGCCUGUAUGGCAGCCAGAGGAAUGUGCCAGAUAAACAGAGCCGAAGAAGAGGAGGACUCUCUCGUCCAUUCCACCCUCCAGUCUCCGAGUAUCUUCAGCACCGUCGACCCCAGCACGGGGCCCGACCUCAACAUGGGGGCCCCGCGGCCUGAUGCCCAGGCUGUGGGAUCUGGAAAUGGAACUGUCAUGAAGAAGCCGUUAGCACCUCCGAUGUGCUUUAUAUCUCCCAACAUUAGCUACUAUUUUAAGUACAUCAACACGAUCAUUUUCAUUACCGUGUUUUUGGUCGGGCUGGUUGGCAACGGCACCCUGCUGAAGAUUAUUUACCAGCACAAGUGCAUGAGGAACGGGCCGAACGCACUCAUUGCCAGUCUGGCACUGGGGGACCUUAUGUACAUAAUCUUUUUACCCUUCAAUGCAUACAAGCUCCUGGCAUCCGGUUGGCUUUUUGAACACAACAUUGUCGGCCUGAUUCUGUGUAAGCUGGUGCCCUUCCUGCAGAAAGCCUCUGUGGGCAUCACCGUUCUCAACCUGUGUGCCCUCAGCGUGGACAGGUACAGAGCCGUGGCAUCCUGGAGCAGAGUUCAGGGAGUGGGCAUCCCUCUGCUCACAGUUGUGGAGAUUGUGACUAUUUGGUUGCUGUCGCUCUUCCUGGCCGUACCGGAGGCGGUUGUCUUUGACAUGGUCACCUUCACCUACAGGAACGUAACCAUGACCACCUGCAUGCUCAACCCCAAGACUAACUUCAUGCAGUUCUAUACGGAUGCAAAGGACUGGUGGCUGUUUGGCUUCUACUUUUGUGCACCUCUGCUCCUCACCGCUAUUUUCUACACUCUGAUGACCUUCGAGAUGCUCAACCAUAGGAACGGAAGUCUUCGGAUUGCCCUCAGCGAGCACCUCAAACAGAGGAGGGAGGUAGCCAGAGCCGUUUUCUGUCUCGUCCUUAUCUUUGCCCUCUGCUGGUUCCCACUGCACCUGAGCCGGAUCCUAAAGAAGAUGGUUUACUCUCAGGAUGACAAGAUGCGCUGUGAGCUGCUGAAUUUCCUGUUGGUCAUGGAUUACCUUGGUAUCAACCUUGCAACAAUCAACUCCUGCAUAAAUCCCAUUAUCCUCUUCUUUGUCAGCAAGAAGUUUAAAAACUGCUUCAAGUCGUGUUUGUGCUGCUGGUGUUACUCUGACAGCCAGACGAGCAGCAUCGGACCCAUGAACGGUACCAGCGUCCAGUGUAAAAGCCCAGAGCCCAACAACCACAAUGCUGAUCGUGCCACCAGGAAAUACAGCGACUGAUCUGUCACCUUUGGACUAUUUUCAAGCUCUUCCAUUUACCCAGCAGCUUUUAAAAUUAAACAAAUGCUCAACUUAAAUAUAUAUAUAACUUCAAAAAGUACUUUUCAGACAGUAAAUGCACAUCCGUAGGACCACUGAAGCAACAAAUACACCUGGCAGGGAUGGAUAAGGAACUGGAGAUAAAAAAGGAACAAACAAUGGAUUUGGCGCACAAAGCUCUGAAGAUGCCCGAGCCUCACAGCGGGCUAAAUUUCCUAAGACAAACUCCUUGUAUUCCCACACCCACUGUGACACGUGAGAGAAAGAAGGGGGAGAGUGGGAUGAGGAACAGGAUGCAGCUGAACGGUGACUAUAAAUUACCCUCAUUCAGUAGCAGAGUGCGCUAUUCCUGUAAAGGGCAGCACUACUGGGAAGGAUGCACAAAGCUACAGGAAGGAAAAAGCAGACUGCUUGCUGUCAGAGGGAAUGAUGGGAGACGAGUAUGUGCUGUCCCCAGGAGUUUGCUACUCACUGAUGGUGGAAAACAGGAAAGCGUGUUACCGACUCAAACAACAAUUAAACAUGCAAGUGGUUGCACAGUGUAUUUUACUCACACUCAUUAUUCAUUGAGCUACUUUGUGGUAUAAUUACAAGAACAUUUUGAAGUUAAUUUGCUUCCAACUGCUUUCUGGCUCAUCGGAAAAAGACUGAAAGAUGCAUCCCUUUAUUGGGCAAAAAAUCUAUUUAAUGGAAUUAGGGCCGACAGACCACCAAACUUCUGGUCAGUAAUCCAAACAUGAAAGAUUUCACAAACAAAAUCAUGUCCGGAGUCAGAAUAAGCCAAAGUGCACUGGCACAAAAUCAAGUACAGGGUUGUAGGAUAAGGUACGACUCUGUAUUUUCAUAAGAAAAUGAUAAAUAUGAGGUCAUGCAUUAUGACAGGUCUCAUAUCACCAUAGAUUGAAACUGAACAGGAAUUAGGAUUUUUUUUAAACACUGUGAAUUUUAACAGAUAUAAUCAACAAUAAUUGUGACUUUUAUGCAUGUAUAACCAACUGAAUAUAAACAGUAUGUAUAGUGUCCACUUUUAUAAAGUGUUAUAUUGCAGUAAUAAUAAUGAAGUAUUUUACUCAGACAACAUUACCUGUGUAAUGACAUAGGCAAAUGAGUUCUUAUAUGGUGAUGGUAAACGGUUCGGAUAUUAAAUAAAUAGUUUUGGAAAAUACCCCUAUUGGUUUUAGUUAGUUAAGAAGACCAAAAACAGUUGAAACACCUGGCAGGGCUCUGCCUGAGGGUGACAUCAUUGUGUCAGUACCUCUAAAGCUACAAGUUAUAUCUAGUUAGUUUAUUCCAUUUGAAAGUAUUAAAGAAAUAAAAAAAGUGUUUUUUGCUGGUUAGCUAUAGCUAGCAGCUAACAGGCUGUGGAAAUUAUUGUAUAUUCAGCAGCUAACCAGCUUCUGGCUAUAGCUAAAAUGGCAAAAACAUGCAUAACAUGAUAAACAUGCUUAUUAUUUUAAGAGAUGCUGGCAGGUGGAUUUUGUUAUCUUCAGACAGAAGAUUUACAUCGCUUCCAGUCUUUAUGCUAAGUUAAGCUAGUUGGUUGUAGGUAGCUAACCAGAAAAAAAAAGGUGAACAAGAUAUAAUGUGCUGAUUUUUUAGCUUUAGAGCUGCAGACAAUUGGCUUUUGUCAUCUUCGGACAAAGCUUAGUUUCCUCCUGUCUCCAGUCUUUAUGCUAAGCUAAGCUAAUCUGCUGCUUCACAUUUAAACAAAGAUACAAGUGGCAUUGAUCAUCUCAUCUGCCAAGAAAGUGAAAGAGGGUAUUUUCCAAAAUAUCAAACUUUAUUUUUAAUGUUGAAAUCAUACUCAGCACCAAAAGCUUUACUGCCUUUUACUAUUUGAUAUGUGAGCGUAUGUAAACCUGUGUGUAUUUGACUGUGUUAGUAUGUGUGUGUGUGUGUGUGUGUGUGUGUAUAAUUACUUGCACUUCUUUAGUUGGAGUGUUUUGCACACUUGGAGAACAGGCGAUUAUCUGUACAGUUAUUAUUUUACCACUAUUCAUCAGAGCAAUCCACUAUAAUCUUAAGAAAAUGGAAUUCAUAUGUGUUUGUUGUCGUUGAUGCUGCUGCUUAUACCAAUAAAUCAAUUUCC